CUCUCUCUCCCCCCUCUCUCUCAAUCAACGCAAUAGUAAUAAAAUAAUAUUAAUCACUCUAACUCUCUACACUCCUUCGUUCUAUAAUUCAACUCAUUCUUAUUCCUCGCAUCCAUUUCCAGAUUUCCUGAUCAUUUUCCUCCUUUUCCGAUUGAAAUCCACCUCUCUCUUUCCUUACCGGGACUUGAUCUCGCCGAACGAUUGGUGCUGGAAUCACAGUAGGUUUCAAUUGCAUGCAAGUCCGGUUGAGCAAGAAUGAAGCUUUUGUGAAAGGCAAUUUAUGAAGGAAUAUUAUUAUAUUGAUUAGUCAUAUCCUUCCGUACUACCAGCUGAUUAGCAAUCAUUACCCCGUCUGAAAUCCAAAAAUUUGAGCGGUCUUUGAGUUUGGACGAGACUGGCAUUCAGGUUCUAUGUUUGAAAUCUCGACGUUGUAAUUUAAACUGCGGACUUGGAUAAAACGGUAAGAAUGCUGGAGCCUGACUUAUGCUCUUCCCGAGUAUUAUCACCCUUCCGCGAGGAAAGUGGAGACGAAGAACUUUCGGUUCUUCCUAGGCACACUAAAGUUAUAGUCACUGGCAACAAUAGAACCAAGUCUGUACUAGUUGGACUGCAAGGCGUCGUCAAGAAAGCUGUUGGUCUCGGAGGUUGGCACUGGCUGGUCUUGAAAAAUGGGGUUGAGGUUAAGCUGCAAAGGAAUGCAUUGAGCGUGCUAGAACACCCUACCGGAAACGAAGAAGAUGAUCUUGAUUACGACAACUCCAGCAGUGGAUCCGAAAUCCAUGAAAAGGACAACGAUUUCUCUACUAGUAUUGAGUUUCACAAGCCCAGCAAGCCAAGAGUUAGACACACGAAGCCU